AUGCCUGGACAGGACGAGAUUUUCCUGCGUGCGUGGCGUGUUGAGGAUGAAGACUCUAUGGCCCAGUUCGACAGGCGCACAGGUGCUAUUUUGGCAAAAACAACGAGACGCGUUCCUAUGGAUGAGAGAUGCCGAAAUAUAGUGCUAAACCAUCUCGACUGGUCUAGCAGAAGCCUAUCGCCCUUGAUUUCAGUUACAAAGAACGAAAAUUGGGCUUUCCAUGAAGCUCAGCGCCGGAUUAAGCAAGGAAAGACCGAUGUUGUUGUGCACGAGAUAUGCGUCUCGAAGAGUCGUCUGAUCAAGUAUAAGAGAUGCGGGGAACAACUUGUGUACAGGCACACCUUCACUUGGUUGGAUAAGGCUUGCACUGACCUUCCUGGAUGUGCCGAUUACAAAUCCACUGACUACGAAUACCUUUUCCUGCAUCAAAUCCCAGGGAUAUUCAUCGUGGAGACAACUAGGAUGUGA